UCUAAUAAUAUGAACAGACAAAUCCCAACAACUCUUGUGUACUACAUAUAUAUAUCUUUCUCAUUACAAGCGUGAAAGAGCUUAUUUCUGUGUAGAGAGAGAGAGAGAUGGCAAUUGAGAAGAGUGGCAGUAACUCUGCUUCUUCUUCCUCCUCGUGCUUCUCCCAUUUUUGGUCCUCUGCUCUCCGAUCAAAGCCUCUUCAUAAUACUCCUUUCUCAGAAGCCGCCGUCCGUACAGUUUCCGGCGAAGGGCUCAUACGCCGUCUCGGCCUCUUCGACCUCAUCCUCAUCGGAAUCGGCGCUUCAAUCGGCGCCGGAAUCUUUGUCGUCACGGGUACCGUCGCUCGCGAUGUCGGUCCAGGAGUUACAAUAAGCUUUAUACUUGCUGGAGCAUCUUGUGUACUCAAUGCACUCUGUUAUGCCGAGCUAGCUUCUCGAUUUCCGGCAGUUGUUGGGGGAGCCUACUUAUAUACGUACACAGCUUUCAAUGAGCUUACAGCUUUUCUUGUGUUUGCACAACUGAUGCUUGACUAUCAUAUUGGUGCAGCGAGCAUAGCACGAAGCUUAGCAAGCUAUGUAGUUGCAAUAAUAGAACUCAUUCCUCUUUUUAAGGGUAACAUACCAAACUGGAUUGGACAUGGUGGUGAGGAGUUUUUUGGAGUUCUUUCUAUCAACGUAUUAGCUCCAAUUCUCCUGGUACUUCUGACCAUAAUUCUUUGUUGGGGUGUUGGAGAAUCAUCCAUAUUAAACUCGUUUAUGACUAUGACAAAGGUAGUCAUUGUUAUUUUUGUCAUCAUUGUUGGUGCUUUUAAGGUUGAUGUUUCAAAUUGGUCUCCAUUUGCUCCGAAUGGUGUUGAAGCCAUACUGACUGGAGCCACUGUAGUAUUUUUUGCAUAUGUUGGAUUUGAUGCGGUUGCUAAUUCAGCUGAAGAGUCUAAAAGGCCACAGCGGGACUUGCCACUGGGCAUCAUGGGAAGCCUUCUUAUUUGUGUUGUAUUGUAUAUUGGUGUUUGCUUAGUGCUUACUGGAAUGGUACCUUACAAGUUCCUUGGGGAAGAAGCUCCUUUGUCUGAAGCUUUCAUAUCCAAGGGUUUGAAAUAUGUUUCUGUGUUAAUUAGCUUUGGUGCUGUUGCUGGACUUACUACGACCCUUCUAGUUGGUCUUUACGUUCAGUCUCGGCUAUAUCUUGGGCUUGGAAGGGAUGGUUUACUACCAUCAAUAUUUGCUAAAGUACACCCAAUACGCCACACUCCAAUUCAUUCUCAGGUCUGGGUUGGUAUUAUUGCUGGUGUCUUGGCAGGGCUGUUCAAUGUGCAUGUGCUCUCACACAUUCUCUCUGUUGGCUCGUUGACGGGCUAUUCUGUUGUUUCAGCAUGUGUUGUAACCCUCCGCUGGAGGGAUAAAGCUGCAAGUCAAGUUUCUAGGAAGUGGAUUUCGAACAGGCAGGAAGGGGUCAUUUGCCUCAUCGUAAUUGCUGCUACCGGUUUUGCUGCUGGAGUUCUCUAUCGUUUCAGUGCUUCAUUUAUCUUUCUGGUUGUAGCUGUAGUCAUUGCGAUCUUUGCUUCUGCUGUUCUUUAUCGCCGUCAAGUUUAUAUGGAUCCACCAGGCUUUUCUUGUCCAGGUGUUCCAAUUGUGCCGGCUGUUUGCAUCUUCUUCAACAUGUUCCUGUUUGCUCAGUUACACCAUGAAGCCUGGGUGAGAUUUGUCGUCCUCAGCAUUAUUUCAGUUGGUAUAUAUGCAUUUUACGGGCAGUAUCAUGCCAAUCCUCCACAGGCUGCUGUGAUCUCAACACAUCUGAUGUAGUCACUGACAUGAAAUCAAUGAUUGUCAGUUCAAUCUCGUCUCAUGACCAGCAAAAAUGAAAUGAUACAGUAAUUGAUUUCCUCGGAAAUGUUGAAACGUCCUACUACCGUGGAAACACGUACUAUGCAAAAACCUCACCUUUCUUCUUUGAUAGGGUUUUGCAGGGGGAGAUCGACUUGUUUAGGGCUGGAGUAAGCGAAAAUAAAAAUGUAUGUAUACAUUGUUGUUUUGUUUGGAUGGCUUGGAAGUGUUGUUGCUGUAUGUCAUAGUUAUUUGUCUGAUCCUUAA